GAAAAUUAUGCCAAGAGUUGAGGAGACCGCUUCUACGUUUCUCAGGUUCUGCACUAUUUGUGAGAAGCCUUUUACAAAGGAAUACUCACUCAGCCGCCAUGUCUCUUACUGUCGUCGUGCCAAUGCGACGCGCAAGGUUCGACCAAAGGCAUGCCUCCGCUGCCAUGCGUCGAAAACGAAAUGCAGCCUUUCAAAGCCUCAAUGUAGUCGAUGCCACUCUCAGGAUUUAGAAUGCACUUAUAACAGGCCUGCACGGCGCCCGUUGACCGUGGGUGCUUCGACGAUUGAGGAGCAGCACCCAUCUACGAGUAAUUUGCCGCGAGGGGAUACUGGAACAUCGCAUAGCGCUGCUACUGCUAUAUCCAGAAGUUCAUCAAACUCCACCAUCGAUACCAGUGAAGAUGUUGACGGAUGCGCUACGAGCUCUACAACCGGCUCGCGAUUGGCCUCAUCCGCUAUGAAUUCUUCCACAUGGCGGCCAGCCCUCGAGCCCGUCCCUUCCGCUACACACACUGAUGUGUUGGACUCGAGCAGUUCGUUGGUGUUGGAAAACUUACACCCAGGAAUUCUCUCUUCUAAUUCUGCUAUUGAUCAACUCACGCACGCCAUUCAUGCUUUCCCACAGAUGAUGAUGCGCCGGCAGACCUUCCCUCCUUUUAUACACGCUCAUUGGCAUAUGUCGGAGUUGCCGGAGACUCUUGCGAAUUGUAUGAGCAUUGCACAGAUUUACUCGACUCGGACACCGGAAACCAGACCAUUCCUCUGGCGAAUGAUUGGGGUCGAGCUACAACGAUUCCAAGGCGAGGCCGAAACUGCUACGAUGUACAGCCUCCAGCACUCUUUGCAAGCGAUUAUGCAAUUUAUCAUCAUGGCAAUUACCGACCAAGAUGCAAUCGCCUUGACCUGGGCACCGAAGCUUAUCGAGACAUUUCACAUCUUGUGUACUCGCAUACGCACUCUUCUCAAUGGCGAAUGUUUCACCUAUUUUGGAGAAACCGUUCCGGAUGCGACUUGGGAAGAAUGGAUCUUUGCGGAAACCCGACGACGAAUUAUAUGUGUCUGGUUCUUCAUGAGCCGCAUCAUUUCCCCUACAGUUAGCAACUCUUUCAUGCGUGCCUAUCCUUUGCAUAUGUUGCCUUUGGUCUCGAAUAAGUCUCUUUGGGAAGCUCGUAGUCGCCAAGAAUGGGAAACUGAAAGAGCAUUACAAGACGCCUGCUACCCGAUGACCACUUUUGCAGAGCUUAUAGAAGCAAAAGGGCGGUCAAAUGAAUUAUUUUACAAGCGAAGACUGGAGACUUGGGACGCUGGUGUGGAUAAGAUGGGGAUGCUGAUAAACAUUGCCACGGAUUUAAUCUAGAAAAUGAAACGUGCGAGGGGAGGGGGAAUACCCUGACAAGGCAGCUUCUUUAGCAAAAUAUUUAGAUACCUGAGACAUCAUACGCAAUGAACUUCUUUUUAGUGAUG